GCAGGCGCGGAGCCUCCCCAUUGAGGGCACGCGUGACAAGGCUGCACACACAGGUGCUGGUCCUAGUCGGAGCCCCAAAGGCAAGCAUUGGGUUUCCGGUUCCGGGACUAACCAACCGCCGCAGAGGCGACAACUACUGUUUUGGAAGAGGCUGCGGUGGAAGAGGAGGAAGAAGAAGAGUAGAACCGGCGGGUCGCGCAAGCGGGAUCCUUCCCAUGGGUCCACCGGCCUAGAGCCGAGGAAGCUGCGAGCCUGGUGUCAAGCUGGCUUCUGAAGCAUCUAUGGCUGAGGCCUGGCAGGACUGCCCAGCCCUGGGCCCUGGCUGGAAACGCCGAGAGGCCUUUCGAAAGUCAGGGGCCUCGUGUGGACGCUCAGACAUCUAUUAUCGGAGCCCCACAGGAGAAAAGAUCCGAAGCAAAAUUGAGCUGACUCGAUACCUGGGCCCUGCAUGCGAUCUUACCCUGUUUGACUUCAGACAAGGCAUCUUAUGCCACCCAGUUCCCAAGACCCAUCCCUUGGCUGUCCCCAGCAAGAAGAAAAAGAAGACUUCUAAACCAGCCAAGGCUAAGAAACAGCAGGUUGGGCCACAGAGAAGUGAGGUCAGGAAAGAGACUCCACGGGAAGGAAAUAAGGUCGCUCCUGCCACAGCUUUAUUACCUGUGACUGCGUCUGCGCCUGCACCUGUGCCUGUGCCUGUGUCUGCACCUGCGCCUGCACCUGCACCUUUGUGCUGUGAGAAUUGUGGAAUCCACCUGUCAUGGGAUGGUAUCAAAAGGGAGAGACGCAGGACAUUGUGCAAAGACUGCCGAGCACAGAGAAUUGCCUUCAACCGAGAACAGCGAAUGUUUAAGCGAGUUGGCUGUGGGGAGUGCACAGCUUGCCUGGUGAAAGAAGACUGCGGGGUGUGCUCCAUCUGCUGCCUGCAGCUGCCCAACGAUGUGGCCUCAGGGCUCUUCUGCAAGUGUGAGCAGAGACGCUGCCUGCGGAUUGUGGAGAAGAACCGAGGGUGUGGUGUGUGUCGGGGUUGUCAGACCCAAGAGGACUGUGGCCAUUGCCGCAUCUGCCUUCGCUUUCCCCGCCCUGGUCUCAAGCGCCAGUGGAGGUGUUUGCAACGGCGCUGUUUUUGGCACCUUGCUCAUCGCUUCCGAGGCCACCCUCAAGGAUGCCAGCAGCGCCCUCCCCACGUUGUGGUUCCUCCCACUGGUAAAUAUGAUCAUAGUAAGAGAGGCCCGAGGGUAGCUUCUCGACGUCACUCCCGAGCCCCGCCACUUCCUCCACACGCUGCGUCACAGCAUCCAGAGCCCACAGAACUGCACAUCAGCGACCAAACGCCCACAGCACCUGCUGAGUUCGUCUAUGACUGUGUAGAGGAGGACGAGCUACAGCCCUAUACGAACCAGCGGCAGAACCGCAAGUGUGGGGCCUGUGCAGCCUGCCUACGGCGGAUGGACUGUGGCCACUGCGACUUCUGCUGUGACAAGCCCAAAUUCGGGGGCAGCAACCAGAAGCGCCAGAAGUGUCGUUGGCGCCAGUGCCUGCAGUUUGCCAUGAAGCGGCUGCUGCCCAGUAUUGGGCCAGGGUCUGAGGAGGAAGCAAGAUUGCUUCCACAUCAUACCCACCAAAAGAGGUCUGCUUCUACUCGACAGCUGCAACUGAGCUCUCCCUUAAAGGCUCCUUUGGCUGUGGUCACAACCCCACCGGGCCCUGUCCAAGAUUCAGGGAAGCGGCAAGCAGGUAGUGGCUUUGUACUGCCCCAACCUGACACAGACCUUGUGUAUUUACAAGAGGGUACCAGCAGUCUCAUGCAGGUGCCUGGCCCUGCUGCAGCUUCCACAGAAAACCCAGCACAGGAGACCCAGGGCUCUGCCCCAGGUUGGGUUGUGGCCUUGCCCCAGGUGAAGCAAGAGAAGGCGGAUGCCCCAGAGGAGUGGACAGCAGUCACAACCUUCCUGACUUCUUCCACGGUGCAGCCUGGCUUCCUUAGCAAGGCGUCAGGCCUGGACCCUCCACCUGUGAAACGAGAGCCCCCUGGCCCUGAGGAGGAUGGAGAAGAGAACAAAGAAGAUGAUGUCUCUGAAUCAGCUCCAGCAGAAGAGAUAGGAGGGAUUGGCACCCCAGUGAUCACGGAGAUUUUCAGCCUGGGUGGAACCCGCCUCCGGGAUGCAGAAGCCUGGUUGCCAAGGUCCAAGGACCUUAAAAAACCCGGAGCUAAAAUGCAGUAGACUGGAGGCCUCUGCUGACUGUAGGCUGAAGGUGGUAUUUGCAGACCGGCUUUGUGGAAACAACCCUGAUCCUAAAGGGGCUGGGCCCUGGCCCGGCUGCAGAGCUUGUGUGGGAACCAACUCUAGGAGGAAAACCUACAAGCACAACCAAGGAGCAGGCCUGCUCAGUCCUUGGACCUUAGAGGAAGCAAGCUGGAGAGGAAGAGAAAGAGUAGAAGGCUGGUGGAAUGUCUGCUCCUCCGUGGAUCUCGAUGCAGUGAGAAGUUGGAUGGUAGGGUAGGGAAGGGUAGCUGAAGCCACUGCAGACAGCUCACACAAGCCACCUGCAUAGCGUCCGUUGGUGGCUUCUGGAUGACCUGGCAGUGUGUCUGAACAUUUUCUCAGGGAAACAGCAGUUGCAAUGCUAUGUGAAUAAAGGGAGAAAGGAGUUGUUGUUUGCUGAGCUCCUGUGGAGCCAAGCGACUCUAGCCCUCACAGUAGUCCUUAGGAACACACUGACGUUACGCACUUUUGCAGGCAGGAAAUAGAUUCAGAAGAGACGAACUUUCCCGGUGUUACACAGCUAGUGUUGCUACAUUCUAGAAACAUGCCUAGGCUAUAAAAGCUUUGUUCUUUAAGCCACUAAAUUGUUAACUGCAGUCUUCUGUGCAAUAAUGUACGUUACAAUAACAGUUUCAGUGACUUUGAAACAGCAGUGGGGCACUCUGAGCACUGUAAGAUACCCGUUCCACUUGGCCUCUGUGGUCUAGGAGAUGCCCAGGCUGUGGGUGAACGGGUCACCUUCUCGUUAGGCCCUGGAUGCUGCAUCCGUUCCCUUUGUUCUGAGUGUGCUCCCCACCGCUGGCCCACAGUUUGCUAUGCCCAGACGCUCUCACUUCAGGCAGAGCAGUGCAUGGCACUAAAGCUGUCAGCCUGACCCCUCUUUUCCUGACAGCUUCUCUCUGAUGACCUCUGUGCUUGUUUCCUGCCCCCAGCCCAAACGUUUGUUAGAAGACUGAGUGGAUUUAUGCACUGAGUCCUGCCCAGAGACCAGUCUCGACUCAGCCGUACCUCAUUUUCCAUCCUUAAAUGCCAAAAAGUGUGAAGUUUGUUACUUAGCCAGCUUUACGGGCGAGGACUGGGCACCUCGUCAUAUGUGUGUUCUGUGCACCCCGUGUGUUAGCUUUGUCCCAGCUCUGCUGCUUUAGUAAUGCAGAUAUGGGUCACUCUGUUUCCAGUCCACAAGACAGAGGUCUGCCACCUUGUUUUCUGCCUUUGCCCUGCUUUGCUAGUUGUGUACUGGAUCAUUCUGCUCUUCAACCCUAGAGCUCACCACUUGUCCCUAGUAUCCUGGUAGUUCGGACAGUGGUGUAUUAACUUGUCUUUGGUUGGCAUUUGACUUGUGAAUGAAGAUUCUGAUUACUAUAUGUGUUUGACUAGGGGACAAUCAAAAGAUCAGAACCACUACAACAAAGGCUGAUGUGUGCAUGUUAAGGAUGUUUUAUGUUAUGUAAUUUGCGGAGAUGGCUUAGCCUCUAGGGCUGUCAUUUGUAUAUAAUACUAGGACUUAAAGUAUUCAGGACGGGGAGUCAGGAAGGGAAGGUGGAAGGACAUGGAAACCUUGAACAAGAGUUGGAAUUCAAGAAGAUGGCCUGGAACCCGUGCAGUGUCUCACCGCCUCCAGCUUCAAUGAUGUUUGUAUCCUGCAGAAGAAGCUAGUGUCCUUAGGAGCAUCUGGCCUAGGACUAGAGAAGCUAAAGGAAGACCCAGGGAAAUUGUAGCCGCUGAAGGCCUGGCUGUAGGACUUGCUGUUUCCCCGUACCAAGGUGAGACAGCAGACUAAUGACAGCUUGUAUGAACUGCAACAUGCUUGCUGUCCCUGCACCAACCUUCCAAGUGUUAAGAACAGCCUGCUGCUGCUGCUUCACUUCUACUAGCCACAGCCUUUCUGUGGAUGUUCUUAACUGGAAUGUAUGGGGAAGGAUCCCAGGAAGCAUAGUCUAGUCAAGGUGACAUGUUAGAAAGCCACCUUACCAUGACUCAGCUCCAUGAGGUCUCACCACUCACCUGAGGAUAACGUAACAAAACUACAUUGCUGAAAAGGUAAAGCUGGAGACCAUGGAUUUCGUGAUGGUCCCAGCAAGUAAAGAAAUCAUGUCCCGCUGAUCCAGAACAGUCUUGCUGAUCUCAGCUGUAUUUGUGUUAUUCAUCCAAGUCUUGAAAGCUUAGCUCACUGUACAUAAUACUGAGAUUCAGAAGUGCAGUUUUAUAAAAUGCAUCAAUAUAUAUUACAAGUGAUAAAAUAGCUCCGGUUUACUAUGGACUUCGAUGCUGAAAUAUAGAAUUGAGUAUACUGUGGAGAAGCCAGUCCUUUUUUGAGUUUUUUUUUCAAAGUAGUAUAGUAGUUGGAAACAACUUAAUCAUUUCUAUUUCUAAGGUGUUCUAUUGUAAAGUUAUUUUAAAACAAAUUCUCCUGUUCUAUUACUUGUUUUUUCUGUUAGUGUUUCUUUGUGGGGAUGUUUGGUGGUGGUAACAGUGUUGACUGCUGUGGGAAAUUGGGAUAGUGGGUGUCAGGAUUAUGGUCAGUUGUGUUAUUUCCCCUGGCUUCCGUGGGGUGGCUGCAGGCUGAGGCCUGACUGCACUUGUUGCUCAUCCCACCAUGCAGCCAGUCAGGCUCCUCCGGGCCUAGGCUGCUUGAGAAUGCCAUUGGGUAGCUUUUAAAGCUGGUGCCAGCUGCCGUGGGGCAGAGCCUCUGCCUGCAAAGCCCCUUGAUGUUUGGAAAAGCUGGUUUUACUCUUGAGAGAGUGGUGAAACGGUCUAAACGAGAGCUAGUGUGGCCAGGCUCAUGGGCUAACUGCUCUUCUGUGUGAGCUCAAGAUGGUCCUAUGAUGUCUGCAAGCACUGGCUGCCUCUAAGGGUCAGCUUCCCUGGGCCUUCCCAGACUCACCAACAAGACCUCUGUGGCGACCCAAACCCUGGUCUCUGGGGUUCACAAACCCUGCUGAAGGGAUCUGUUCCCUCUGUAGAGGGUGUGCUGGGGGUGAGGGGGACACCCACCUGAAGGCCACCACUGAGCACUCAGUUGAGGGAGCUGCCUCUGGACAUGGUCUGGAAACCCAGACAGCCUCUUAAUUUUUUUUCUUUUUUUGUUUCAGGCUACAUAAACUGUUAGCAGUAAAUGAAAAUGAGUAUUUUACUGAGCUGCAGUUGAAAGAAGAAAUAUUGUAGGAGAGAAAAGCAAUUAUUAUUAAGAGAAGAAAGACAUUCUUUUGUGGCUGAAAAGCUGAACCUGGAAUUCAGGAAAUGGAAUCUAAAUCUAGAGAUGUACCAUGUAGAAAAUCUGAAGUGGGUGGGUUACAAAUAAUUAAGCACACUAAUUUGAAGAAAACCAUCCUUAAACAUGUGUACACAUGGAUUGCACUUAGUAUCUGUCAGUGACUGGCCUUAUUACUGUCCUCCCCCUUCCUCUUCUUGUUCCCCCAUCCCUCUUAACAGGGGCACCACAGUAGCAGUCAGUUUGCUCUUAAGCAGUGUAACUCCGUUUUAUGGUUACUAGGAGCUACAACUCUGGUUUCCAUGUAUGCUGAAGACCGUCUAGUUUCCUGGACUGCAUUGCCAGUUUUGCCUGGGAUCCCGAUUCUCAAGAAUUGAGUAUCUGAACUUCUGAUCCGAAGCUCAUUCCUCCAGUCAGACAACUGCCCUGCUAGUAUUUCUGAUCUGCCCUCUUCCUGUGUUAGCCCAAAGUGUGGGCCCCAUUUUCUGUUCAGUGCAGUAGGAAGAUUUUGUUCACAGAUCUUACUGGUUGUGUAGCUCGACAAGGCACUUUGGCUUCCUGAGCCUUAGUUGACUUCACUGCAAACUAAAGCCAAUACCCUCAGUUCCUUCAACCCUGUAAGAAUUUUGUCAACCUCAAAGGUUGUUUCUGGAAAUACUUUGCAAAUUGUAAAAAAAAAAAAAAAAAAAAAAAAAAGAGAGAGAAACAAUA